AUGCUUGCGCCCGGCUUCAGGACACGGCGCAGUUCCUCCUUCAUUCGCUUUGGCGCUUUCGCCGCCCUCGUUCUCUUUGGACUCUGGACAUUUACCAAUCGUGUCUCUUCGCCUUCAAUUUUACCUCUAGAAAAGUCGGAACAACCAGCUGCUGAUAACUCGGAGCCUAUACCUCCGCCCAAAGCAGCGCAACAACCUAUAGUAAAAGAUAAGCCUGUACAAGGUGCUCACCCGAUUGACAAGCUCAUACACGAUGGUGGAAAGAGAUACAAGGACCUCCUUUCCCAGGAGUCGCAUACUCUCGAAGAGGCUGCGCAAGCCUACCGCAAGCGCCGUGGACGUCACCCCCCUCCGGGUUUCGACAAGUGGUUCGAAUUCGCCAAGCAGAACAACGCCAUUGUCGUCGAGGAGUUCUGGGACCAGGUUUACCACGAUAUCGAUCCGUUCUGGGGCGUUCCCCAGCCCAUCAUUCGCAAGGAGGCGUACAGCUUCGAGAUGUCGAUUCACAUUCGAAACGGCAAGGCUAACUCUACAAGCGACUGGUUCUGGACCCUGAUCUGGCUCGACAUGAUUCGCUCGAUCGAACACAUGGUCCCUGAUUUGGAUAUGCCCUUGAAUGCCAUGGACGAGCCCCGUUUAGUGGUGCCUUGGGAGGACAUCAAUGGCUAUAUGAACAAGGGAGCAGAAUCCCGCAGUCUCUGGCCUGCAAAGGAGGUGGUCUCGGAGUUUCAGAAGCUGCCCACAGCUGGACGACAUGACAGGAAUACUAGGAUUCCUUUUAAGCGAUGGGAGAAGACCAGUCCUUACUGGCCCAUUGCUCGUCGAGGAUGUCCUCCUGAUAGUCCAGCACGACAAGCUCCGUUAAUGGAAACCUUCAACAACCCUCCCGAUAUCGAUAUUUCGAACGCCGACGAGCACUCUUUCGCGGGCUACGUGUCCAACUUCACCCACUCGGCCAGCAUCUGUCAUCAGCCGGAUCUGCAAGGUCUCAAUGGUCUCCUGAUUAACCCGAUCUCUGUGUCAUCCACCAAAGUCCUGUUUCCUAUGUUUGGCGGUUCCAAACUAGCUAUCAAUAACGAGAUUCUCCUCCCUCCCCCUAUUUACUGGGAAGCCGAAGAUCGAUUCACCGGUGGCGAGGACAACGAUGUUGAGUGGGAGAAUAAAGGCAGCACUGUGGUCUGGCGAGGUGUUGCAACAGGGGGAAAGAACAAGGCCGAGAAUUGGCGUGGAUUCCAUCGUCAUCGCUUCGUGUCGAUGCUCAACUCGACAAAGGUGUCUGCAGCUGAAUCAGGCAAAGAGAAGCCAGAGAACUUUGUCCUUCCAUCGGAGAAGUAUCAUCUCCAAGCGCAGGCUCAGGGACGACUCGGAGAUUGGAUUGGCGAAUGGUCGGACGCUGGUUUUGUCGAUCUCAUGUGCUCUCCUAGUGAGGAAGACGGCAGAUGCUGGUACACGGAUCAUUACUUCGCCAAGGUGGAUGGCAUGGAUAUGCACGAGCAGUUCGACUACAAGUACGUUCCCGAUAUCGACGGGAACUCCUUCUCGGGUCGAUACCUGGGCUUCCUUAACUCGACUUCACUACCCAUCAAAGCCACCCUCUUCCGGGAGUGGCAUGAUAGCCGCUUGGUCCCAUGGGUUCACUUCGUCCCCAUGGACAACCGAUUCCAGGACUUUUAUGGAAUCAUGGAGUACUUCCGUGGGUACGCAGAUGUGAGCGGCAACGACAAGGCAGCGAAGAGAAUCGCUCUCGAGGGCAAAUCGUGGGCGAAUAAGGUGCUUCGCAAGGAAGACAUGCAGAUAUACGUCCUAAGACUCCUCCUCGAGUACGGCCGAGUCAUUGCCGAUGAUCGCGACAAGAUGGGCUGGGUCGACGACGCCAUCAAAGAUCCUUCCAUCGAGAAGACGUGGAAGUCCUUCAAGCUCUAA